AUGAAGAAUGAGAUGCAGCAGAAAUCACAGAGGAAAGCAGAACUUACAGAAAACAAGAAGCCAGCUGCUGUCGUUGCUCCUAUUACAACAGGAUAUACAGUGAAAAUCAGUAAUUACGGAUGGGACAAGUCAGAUAAGUUUGUGAAAAUCUACAUUACCUUACCUGGAGUUCAUCAAGUGCCUGCUGAGAGUGUGCAGGUGAAUUUCACAGAGAGGUCAUUUGAUCUUUUGGUAAAGAACCUAAAUGGAAAGAGUUACUCCAUAAUUGUGAACAAUCUCUUGAAACCCAUCUCUGUGGAAGGCAGUUCAAAAAAGGUCAAGACAGAUACAGUUCUUAUCUUAUGUAGAAAGAAAGCAGAAAACACACAGUGGGACUACCUGACUCAGGUUGAAAAAGAAUGCAAAGAGAAAGGAAAGCCCUCCUAA